UUCAUAUAUCAGGUUUGCAAGGAUUUCCAUAAAUCUCUGUCGAAAACUCUGAUAAGAGAACAUUUAUGUUUAGGGUUUCCGGAAAACCCUUCGAAGUUUAUCUACAACUUAUCAAAUAUGAAACUUAAUAAUAUAGAAGCAGAAGCCUUAUCACUGGGACUAAAAUUUCAUAUACCAAAAACAAAUACUGACAGGAUCGAUACAGAAGCUCAAUUCGAAAGUCUGUUUGACCAGUUAAAGGAUUUGCAGCCAAUGAAUGAGGAAAAGAAAGGAUGGUUCAAAUCAAAGUUAGUUGAUAUUGCAAACCAAUACCUCGUGUCAUCGACACCAAAGUCUAAUCUUUUAUCCAGAGAACAUCUGACAGCCCUAAGAAACAUCAAACAAAAUAAUGAGGUGAUGAUUUUACGACCGGAUAAAGGUUCAGGUGUCGUCCUAAUGAAUACAGCUGAUUAUGUCACUAAGAUGAAGCAAAUCCUUGACGAUCAACUGAGAUUCAAGGUAGAUAAAUCCCAAAAAGAUUUAACUGAUUCAACAGAAAAACGAAUCAAAGGCAUGCUUAGAGAACUUCUAAAAAGGAAAAUGAUUGGUAAUUCUACUUAUAAUGAUCUAAAACCACGUGGGUCACGUCUGCCUCAUAUGUAUGGUUUACCAAAAGUUCACAAGCACGACGUUCCCCUUAGACCUAUCCUAUCAAUGAUAAACUCACCGUAUCACAAAGUUGCACGCUGGCUAGCAGAAAAACUAGAACCGGUUCGUCGAAGAUUAGCAACAUAUACGUUGAAAGAUUCAUUCCAGUUUGCUGAUAGACUAAAUCGUACGAAUGUUGCCGAUAAGUUCAUGGUUUCUUUUGAUGUAACAUCCUUGUUCACCAAUAUACCACUUCUUGAAACUAUUGAUAUAAUUUGUCAGAAUUAUGAUCUCCUACCUUUACCAGCCCCGGAAUUCAAAAAACUACUAUUAAUGUGCACAACAGACGUUCAAUUCCAGUUUAAUAACACCAUAUAUCGUCAGAUCGACGGCGUAGCAAUGGGAAGCCCACUAGGUCCAAUUCUGGCAGAUAUUUUUAUGGGGUAUCUUGAAAACAUGGUGCUUAAACAGACGAUCAGCGAAACGACGGAAUAUUCCAGAUAUGUUGAUGACACGUUUAUUGUCUGUAACAAUAAACAGCAUGCAAUCCACAUGCUAAAACACUUCAAUAACGCUCAUCCUAACAUACAAUUUACUAUGGAACACGAACAGAAUGACAUGUUCCACUUUCUUGAUGUUGCUAUAAAACGUAGGAGAGACGGGACAGUUCAACGUUCGAUUUAUCGAAAAAGUACUUGGAAUGGCAUUUACCUGAAUUUCAAUAGCUUUUGUCCACUCAGUUACAAGAAGGCAUUAGUUAAAACACUAUUUUAUAGGGCAGAAAAGAUAUGUACCACUGACAAACUCGAAGAAGAAUUGAUGAAAGUGGAAAAAUGCCUGCGAGACAACUUUUACCCACAAAAGUUUAUUGACAAGUAUAAGAAGCGUAAACAAAACAAUACUGAAGUAAUUACUGUCAAUAAAAAACCAAUAACUAUAAGUCUUAAUUUCAAAGGUGACGAGGUUACAAACACAAUCAACAGGAGACUGAAUACUGCGCUAGCCAGAACUUAUCCGGCGGCCAAACUUCAAAUUCUGUAUAAAACAACAUGCUCAAUAACUCAAUCAAAAGUUGAUAAGCAUCCUUUUCAUGUUACCGCCAAUUGUAUUUAUAAAUUUACGUGUACCUGCCAAAGCAGCUACAUUGGCCGAACAGAAAGGAGGGCAUAUCUCAGAUUUUUUGAACAUGUCCCAAAAAGCCUCAGAACAAGAGAAAGAAAGACUCUAAAUAGUGCAAUCACUAAACAUCUUCUUGAUACAGGACAUCAGGUCGAUACCCUACAAUCAUUCAAGGUGAUUAGUAAGCAGCCAAACUCCAGUCUUCUGAAGUUUGCUGAAGCAGUUGCUAUCAGGCGCCAAAAGCCUGAUUUAUGUGUUCAAAAGGAGAUGGUUAUUAAUCUUUCCUUGCCUUGGUGAUUAAUAUUCCCUCGUUAUAUCUUAUUUAUUUUUUUU